AUGAACCUGAACCAGCUUAGGUUUUCAAGGCCUGGAGUCAACGGGCCAGGCCCAUGGUCAACGGGCCUGAACGGGGCAGUUCGGGCCGUUAAAAUGCCUAUUUAUAGAACACUUGGGUUCUGGGCCGGGUCGGAAAAACACUACCUUCGCCUUGAGCAUCUAAAUCACGACUUUCUAGCGGGGACGACAAAGGACCAAAAAAACGUUUUUGUAUUUCCAUUUUCAAUUUACGAAUUCAGCUGCUGCUGGGAGCUCACCGUCUCUGCAACUGCGAAUAUCGAAAAUGGCUGCCAUCUUAGCUCGCAAAUCCCUCUCUGCCCUUCGCGUUCGCCAGCUCCUAUGUGGGAUCCUGCUCGUGGUGGGAUGAUACGCUGUGAGCGCACGUUUGCCACGAAACAUUCAUUUUCUACCGACAAAGAUGAUGAAGAAAGAGAAAAGCUUGCAAGGGAGAUAUCAAAAGAUUGGAGUUCGGUUUUUGAACGGAGCAUCAAUACUUUAUUCCUCACUGAAAUGGUCCGGGGUCUUAUGUUGACACUCAAGUACUUCUUCGAGCCUAAAGUUACUAUUAACUAUCCCUUUGAGAAGGGUCCUCUGAGCCCGCGCUUUCGUGGAGAACAUGCUCUUAGACGUUACCCCACUGGAGAGGAACGUUGUAUUGCUUGCAAACUCUGUGAAGCUAUUUGCCCUGCCCAAGCCAUUACUAUUGAAGCCGAGGCACGGGAAGAUGGGAGCAGGCGAACAACAAGGUAUGAUAUUGACAUGACUAAAUGCAUUUACUGUGGCUUCUGCCAAGAAGCGUGCCCAGUCGAUGCUAUUGUUGAAGGACCUAACUUUGAAUUUGCUACUGAAACACAUGAGGAACUUCUAUACGACAAGGAGAAGCUACUAGAAAAUGGUGACCGCUGGGAAACGGAGAUUGCUGAGAAUCUUCGUUCCGAAAGCUUAUAUCGUUGAGAUACACAAAAACACAUGGUUCAUCUUUUCGAAUAUUUUUUGUUUGAAGAAUAAACGAAUAUACUUAUUUCAUGAGCCUUUUGUGUUCUGUUUCUUGGUACAUUUUGCUUCUGGCAACCUUGUAAACUGAGGAGGCGAUUAACUGAAAUAUUCUGGCUUGUUGCAUAAUGAAUGUUUCUUUUAUUAAGAAACACAAUUGUGUGAGGUCACCUGAGGAAAACUUGUUUGGUGUCUUUUUUUUUUUGUAACAUGUGACUGUUCUUUUUUAUUUUUUCUUUAUUCAUCUCUCUUUUUAACCAAAGCUGGUUUUAAUAGCGCUAUUUUUUGCUUGCGGACUCAGCAAUGGUGAGAAUGGAAUAUGUUCAAUUUAUUGUGAUUCGUG